CCGGGUUGGGCAGUGAAUGUAUGGGGUGCUGCAGAAUUUGUGGGUUGCCAAUCGAGAUUUGCAAGCACAUCCGGGAGGAUACUAGGGGCUCUACGGGCCUGUAUGCAAAUUCUUGGUGGCUGCGGGACACUACUUGUGCUUGCCACCGCACCAGCUUGUACUGCACUUAUGGGACUCACCACGUCACCAAGUGAUACUGCAGUGCUGGUAUGUGAAAGAUCGGGAUGUACUUGACUGCUGGUGCUCGCCAGUUCACCAAAAGGUAGCAUGACACUAAUACUGGCACUCUGCUGCAUAUGAGAGUCAUCAAAAUUUACCAGCAAGUGCUAACAGAGAUCACGCCUGAUUCUGAGAA